GCUUCAUAUAUAUAUAUAUAUACAGUUUAUUUAGAAUCUUUAUACAAAAUUUCAGUUCAUUUAAACUGGAUAUUAUGCAACAAACCAGAUGGUCAUCUAUAUUCUAUUCGAAAAUCUGUUUUAUGCUUAUACUAUUGAGUUUGUUAACUUGUCCUCCUGGUUUCGUAUCAUUAUCGAACAGCCGCCAUCCAUCUGUUGAACAAAUAUUUGCCAAAGUAAAAGAGGCUGAAUACACUGAUUUAUUGAGUGGCGUGACUCAAGACAACGAGCCCAACCAAUUAUUAGUUGUUGCACCAGUAAGAUUUAGUCGUCUACGACGUUAUUAUCGACAUCAAAAACGUAUGUUGAGAGCACAGCAUAGAAUGAUGCGAUUACAACGACGUUUAUAUCGUCGACAUUAUCGUCCACGAUUUGGUUAUUAUCCAUAUAGAAAAUAAUAAUAAUAAUCAUUUUCGAGAUUCAUUGACAAAAAAACACACAAACAAACAAACAAUGAAACAACUUUUUUAACCUUGAUUACUACUACUUAUUGGUGAGUUCUAGUAGUGCAUUGAUUGUAUUUUGAAAUUUUUUUUUAUCUGAUUUGUAUAAAACAACAUUUUGUCCAGUAUUCUCAUCUGAUUUUUCGUGUGUGUGUGUGUGUGUGUGUUUUAGUGAUUUUGUUAUUUUGACAUUUUUUAAAUUUACUUAUCAAUAGUUCUUAUUAAUCGAAAUUCGUCUCAGAAGAAAUUGAUUUUAAAAUAACUUUUCAACUGAUCAAGUUUGCUGAACAUGUUGGUUUCUUGUUUUCAAUCUAAUUUAAUGUUACGUAAGAAUUUUAUUGUACUAGGUAAUAUGAAAAGUGAUUACCGAUUCGAAGUUGACAGACAAAAUUAAUCGAUCCCUUAUUUUUGAUUUCAUGUUAUCUAUAGUCUAAAAUGACAAAUUCUAUUAUACACAAUAGAAAAUAUAAAAAAUUUUUUUGUUUUUUGAGUACAAAACUUGUCGUUUGUUAAUUUGUAUGACUUUAAAGUUAUUUACUGUUUAAA